UACCUCUCUCUUCUUCUAGCCGCGCCGAAAUUUCUCUCUCUGAUCACUCUCUCCCGCGCUCCCGCCUUUCUCGUCUCUCCUUGUCUCUCUUCUUCUCUUUCGUUUCAUUGCUCCCCCAUAGUUUUCUUUCCUUCACUCCCUCGCCUUUCUACAUUACUCUCUCUGCCCUCCUCUGCUUCUUUCCCUUCUUGGGCCUGCUGCAUUUUCUGUCUCUGUUCCUGUCCUCUGACCCGUGUUCUGUAAUCAUUUUGUUUCCUUGUUCUUAUGGGAUCUUUGAGGUGAUGCUGUUUCUGGGUUUGGAAAUUCAAGUUCAUUUGCGCAUUUUCUUGGUGUUCUUGGAACCUAGUGUCAUUUCUUAGCCAUUGGUGGACCUAUAUCUGCACUAGACAAUGGAUUAAAGAAAAUGCUGCACGUAUUAAGUAGGAGAUUUUCAUGGUAAAUUCAUGUGGGAAGGGCAGGGGGAGGAGCUAGUCUGGUGAACCGUUUCUGGGAAUGGAAACUCAUAGCAAAGCGAAGUGCCGGGAGGAUUUAGAGGUUGAUAUAAUUGAAUGUUCAAAUAAAACUGAUCCCAAAUUUUGUGGGAAAGAAGACCCUGAUGCAACUGAAUAUUCAAGCUCAUUUGCUGAGACAUCUGAUACAGACAAUUGUGCAGAAUUCAACGAAGGAGAAGUAGAAACUCAAUUUUUUGGAGACAUUGGCUUGCCACCCGCAUUUGGUUCAUUUAGCAGUGCACUUCCAAUAAGGAAGAGGAAGUUAACAAAUCACUGGCAAAAUUUCAUCCGCCCUCUAAUGUGGCGCUGCAAGUGGACAGAAUUGAGAAUUAAAGAAAUUGAGUCACAGGCAUUGAAAUAUUCCAGAGCACUUGCAGUAUAUGAACAAGGAAAGAAUUUAGGCCUUGAUCCAACAAUGGAGGAUUUUUCUUCAAAAGCAUUUCCAUUUUCUAGCCCAUAUUAUAGAAGAAAGGCAAUGAAGAGAAGAAAACGAAAGAGAGCUGAAGAUACAAAUGAUAUAUCAUCCUAUAUGUCACAGCAUAACCUUUUUUCCUACUAUGAAAAUAAGAAAGCUGAACUAGAUGGUACUUCUGUAGCCGAUGAAUUUGCUAAUCCAGUGAAAAUGGAGAAAAAUGCUGAUUCUGAUGACAAAUUUGGGAUUAAUAAUGACUCUGUUCUCGAGUUCAGAGACACUAAUAGUUCUUUGGAGCAAGUUCUCUGGAAAAUUGAGGUGGUGCACUCUCGACUUCACAAGCUAAAGGGUCAAAUGGAUAAGGUGAUGUCCAAAAAUGCUUCAAAAUUUUCUUCCUCAGAGAAUCUGAGCCUUCUUGCACCUUGUGAGGCACAGACCAGCUCUGCCCCUACUCCUACGUUCUCAGCUGGUAAUGGAGAAUUAUCAGUUGGAGUUAUGGGCGCCUCAACUCAACAUAUAUCAGAGUGUGAUAUUGGUGAGCUGAUGAAGCCUGAAAGUGCUAUUUCAAGCUAUGGGGAGGCAAUACUAGUCCCUGAUAUUAUUGAAAGUACAGUAGGUCUCUUGACUGCUACAGAGCUUUCAAUUCCGCUACCACAAAUUGGGGAUUCAACUGAGGAUAUUGUUACUAAUGUGCUGAUACCCAAUGAGUUGGCUGAGGCAGAGAGAAACACACAUGACACGAUUGCUGCACAGCCCGUGGAAAAACAUGAAAAACCAGAAAAAGGCAAGCAAAGUGAAGGCACCAGUCUCAGCUCAGUUCCAACUACACAACCUGAUCCUAUGGGAAAAGCUUUGGUCUCUGACGAACAAUCAGCUCUUAAAAAAUGUUUAGCUUCAGAUAUCAACUUUCCUAGGAACAAGAGAAAGAGAGGGGAAAGAAAAGCAGGUCCAGGUAGUUGGAACAAGAAGCAUUCGAGCGAACCCGAUAGCCAGUAAGUGCUUUUAGAGUGAUUUUAGCUGUCUCUUAGAGGAUCUGUAGCUGGUCAGACGUAAAAUUUCCACUUUGCCAUUAACCACUGGCAUAGGUACAGAAUGACCACUUAUCAGGUUAGUCUUACUAAGCAACUUCCAGUGUGAAGCAGCUCUUAGUUGUUGCUGCUGCCACAAUGUGUUAGAGAGAGAUUCUGAGUUUUACCCUUGUGCAAGUUGUCUGUAUCAUGUUUACUGGGAACUGAUCCUGAUCUCUCUCAUACGUCGUAUUAGAUCUCAAUAAGAUAACUUUUACCAACUCUUUUUACCUUGAAUUACUGUUUUACUUGAAUAAAUCAUGCUCUUAAAGAUUUGUCUGGAAUUCAUCUUUUAGUUAGAAGAUAGUUCUGUUUAUCUGCAGAAGGGACAUCGGAUUCAAUUGAAAUUGUAUGUUCAAGACUUUCUAAGAUCGUGUAUUUGGGAUAUAAAUUAUCAUACAAGCUAUUAUAAUCA